AGAAAAAGAAACCAGAGAAAAACAUGAACUCCCCAAUCUCUUCAACAAUUCUACUUUCACCACUCGCCCUCUUCCUCGCUUGUCUCCUUCUCAACUCUUUCGCACAUGGCGCCCACAGAGACACACUUGGCCGCAAUGAACUCGUCAACAGAACCUGCAACAAUGGGCGCCAAAGUAUCCUCCCUGUCCAAGCCACUACAGAAGAACUCCUUACAUUUGCUGACCCAAGACUCGCCGUGGUGUACCCAGUAAUCCAGAAAUUCAAAUCAAUCAUCACCUCGGAUCCUCUCGGCAUUACCACAUCAUGGAUCGGUUCAGACAUCUGCAAAUACAGAGGCUUCUACUGCGAAAGCCCGCCGGAUAACCAGUCUGCAAUGGCCGUUGCUUCCGUCGACUUCAAUGGCUUCCAGCUUUCCGCUCCAACUCUCGACGGCUUCCUCGACCAACUUCCCGACAUCGCUCUCUUCCACGCCAAUUCCAACAAUUUCAGCGGGACUCUGUCGGCGAACAUCGCUAACCUUCCAUACCUCUACGAAAUCGACAUCAGCAACAACCAGUUUUCCGGCCCGUUUCCGGCCGCCGUUCUCGGCAUGAACGGCCUAACUUUCUUGGACAUUAGAUUCAAUUCCUUCGCUGGUUCGGUUCCCGCUGAAAUCUUCACGCAAAACCUCGAAAUCCUCUUCAUCAACAACAACAACUUCAUGCAGAUUCUGGCCGACAACAUCGCAAACACCCAUAUUGUCUUCCUCACUUUAGCCAACAACAACUUCAGGGGUCCAAUUCCAAGUGCCAUUCUCAAAGCAAUGUCGAGCUUAACUGAGGUUUUGCUAUUAAACGACCAGUUAACUGGGUGUUUGCCUUACGAAAUCGGGUUUCUCGGAGAAGCCAGAGUGUUGGACGUCGGCAAGAACCGGUUAACCGGCGAGUUACCGUUCUCGGUGAGCUGUUUAGAGAAGGCGGAGCAGCUUAACUUUGCUGGGAACCUUCUUUACGGAAUGGUGCCGGAGGUGGUUUGUGGUUUACCGAGGUUGGUGAAUUUGUCGCUGUCGGAAAAUUAUUUUAUUCAGGUGGGUCCUGCGUGCAGAGCUCUGAUAGCGAGAGGAGUAGUUGAUGUUAGAAACAACUGUAUUCCUGAUCUUCCGUUUCAGAGAUCUACAGCAGAAUGUGCAAAUUUCUUUGCUAAACCAAGGCCAUGUUCGUCAAUGUGGACUUACAUUAUUCCUUGUAAGAAUUCUCUAUUCCAAUAUCCAUGGGAUUCUUACAUUGGGAAGAAGAAGAUGGCUUCGUCUCCUUGAUCUGCUGAAAAGGUUAUAUAAUUUUUAAUGUAUACAAUGGGAAAAUUUGAGUGUUAAUUGUGUUGUCUUGAUCUUAACGAGUCCACACAGAAAUGCACGAUUCGAAUCUAAUUCAUAAUUUAAGAAGAAAAUUAAGAAGUAUCCAACUAAAAUAAUGUAAAAAGUGGAUGAACCCUU